GUAUGCUAGAACUAAGAGCCUGGGCUCUACGGUUCUGGGCAUCCCAGGGCUAUCAGAGGGGCAGGAAAGAAGCCUCAGGCCCAGGGCCGUCACCACUACCUUGGCCUCUGUGUGGAUCCUGGGGGUCCAUGGCUACCAGGAUGUACUAGUCACUGCCCACGAUUGACUUCAAGGCCUGAAAUCCCUGGGGAUGCCACCCAGUCCCACGAGUCUGCAUUCCCCUGCAUCUGAGCUGGGAGAUGGGCUCGGCUCCUGAACUUGCCCCAGCCAGAAAACAUAACAUACACUUGCCAGGAAGAGUCUGCCCGAUUCUGGGCCACUUGGAGUGCAGGUGGAAGAGAGUCAAGCCUGGGAGAUGCAGAGCACAGCUAAUUACCUAUGGCACACGGACGACCUGCUGGGACAGGGGGCCACUGCCAGUGUGUACAAGGCCCGAAACAAGGUAAUGGCAACUCCAGACUCCUUCACGCCCCAGCACUAGCCCUCCAUUGGGCAUUGGGAUGCUACGUAGCUGGACAAGGGUCCCAGGACUCUGUUCUCUCUCCUCUGAUGAGAAAGGACUCCAUAGGUUUGGGCCGACGUAUGGCAUCCUGGAAAAUUCCUUGGAAUGGUGCCUCUGUCAGAGACAUGUUGGGACUAGAGGACAAGGCAGGAGGGAGGUGACAGCCAGUGGGUUCUAGGAAUAGCUGGGCUCCCAGCUGAGCUGGGAGGUUGGGCCUGUCUGGGUUUUUCCUACAGCAGCUACAGAGCUGUGUCAGAAUGCGCUCCGUGCUCAGGAACUGGAGGCAGGGUAGACUGCCUAGGCAAAAGGAGCGAUGACACAAGCCAUCCGCUGUGGGACAUCAGAAAUCUGGGGAGGUGGUUGCUGUGAAGGUCUUCAACUCAGCCAGCUACCGGCGGCCCCUCGAGGUGCAAGUGAGGGAGUUUGAGGUGCUGCGGAAGCUGGAUCACCAGAAUGUCGUCAAGCUGUUCGCUGUGGAGGAAACGGGAGGCAGCCGGCAGAAGGUGAUAGUGAUGGAGUACUGCUCCAGCGGGAGCCUGCUGAGUGUGCUGGAGGACCCUGAGAACACAUUUGGGCUUCCUGAAGAGGAGUUCCUGGUGGUACUGCGCUGUGUGGUGGCUGGCAUGAACCACCUUCGGGAGAACGGCAUCGUCCACCGCGACAUCAAGCCUGGGAACAUCAUGCGUCUGGUGGGGGAGGAGGGGCAGAGCAUCUAUAAACUGUCCGACUUUGGGGCUGCUCGGAAGCUGGACGACGAUGAGAAGUUCGUUUCUGUCUACGGUACAGAGGAAUACCUGCACCCUGACAUGUAUGAGCGGGCGGUGCUUCGCAAACCCCAGCAAAAGGCGUUCGGGGUGACUGUGGAUCUCUGGAGUAUUGGGGUGACCCUGUACCAUGCAGCCACUGGUAGUCUGCCCUUCAUCCCCUUUGGUGGGCCCCGGCGCAACAAGGAGAUCAUGCACAGAAUCACCACAGAGAAGCCAGCCGGGGCCAUUUCAGGGACUCAGAGGCAGGAAAAUGGGCCGCUGGAGUGGAGCUAUAGCCUGCCCAUCACCUGCAGACUGUCCAUGGGGCUGCAGAGCCAACUGGUGCCCAUCCUGGCCAACAUCCUGGAGGUAGAGCAGGCUAAGUGCUGGGGCUUUGAUCAGUUCUUUGCAGAGACCAGUGACAUCCUGCAGCGAAUCGUCAUCCACGUCUUCUCCCUGCCCCAGGCGGUCUUGCAUCACGUCUACAUCCACGCCCACAACACGAUUGCCAUCUUUUUGGAGGCUGUGUAUGAGCAGACCAACGUGCCCCCCAAACACCAGGAGUACCUCUUUGAGGGUCACCCUUGUGUCCUGGAGCCAAGCCUCUCAGCACAGCACAUGGCCCCCACCGCUGCCGGCAGCCCUCUGAUUCUGUUCAGCGUGGCCAGCGACACACCCAAGGGGCUGGCCUUCAGGGACCCUGCUCUGGACGUCCCCAAGUUCGUCCCCAAGGUCGACCUACAGGCAGAUUACAGCACAGCUAAGGGGGUGCUGGCUGCUGGUUUCCAGGCCCUGUGGCUGGCGCGGGUCCUGCUGGAUGGGCAGGCGUUGAUGCUUCGAGGGUUACACUGGAUCCUGGAGAUGCUUCAGAACACGUGCCAGCAGACACUGGAGGUCACGCGGACAGCCCUCCUCUUCCUCAGCAGCAGCCUGGGCAUCGAAAGGCUCAGCAGCAGGGCUGAGAUGCCUGACUUCCAGGAACUAAAGGAGGCCACAGAGCUGAGGUCCAGGCUGCAGACUUUCUCAGAGGUCCUCUCUAGAUGUUCCCACAAUGUCACAGAAACCCAAAUGAGCCUGAGCUGCCUGGGCGGAGAGCUUUUGAAGAACCGGAACCAGAUCCAUGAGGACAACAGAAGUAUCCAGAAGAUUCAGUGCUGUUUGGACAAGAUGCACUUCAUCUACAAACAGUUCAAGAAAUCUAGGAUGAGGCCAGGACUCAGCUACAACGAGGAGCAGAUCCACAAGCUGGAUAAGGUGAAUUUUAGCCACUUAGCCAAGAGGCUGCUGCAGGUGUUCCAGGAGGAGUGUGUGCAGAAGUAUCAGGUGUCGCUGGUCACACAUGGCAAGAGGAUCAGGCAGGUACAGAAGGCCCAGAACCACCUGCACCUCAUUGGUCGCUCUGUGGCUGCCUGUAACACAGAAGCCCAGGAAACGCAAGAGAGCCUGAGCAAGAUCCUUGAUCAGCUCCUUCUGGACAGAGCACCGGGGGCUCAGAUCUCACCACAUCCCAUGGCUCCUCAUCCCAGCCCUGAUCCAAAGGACCUGGUCUUCCACAUGCAGGAGCUUUGUAAUGACAUGAAGCUGUUGGCCUUUGAUCUCCAGGACAACAACCGCCUCAUCGAACGGUUGCAUAGAGUUCCACCAGCAGCAGAUGUCUGAGCUCCAUGGGGUGCACAAGGCACUCGGAAGCAUUAGAAUCACUCAUACUGUACCCCUGCACCGUGAGACCAAAUUCAGGGCAAGCUCUGGUCCCGGCUCACCACCCUACCUCCUUCUUGGCCACUGGCCAACAAACCAGCAUUACUCUGGCUGCCUGUCCUCUUGGGAAGCAGCUGGGACGGGGACUCCUAGCCAUCCUGGACAGCACCCGCAGGACAGCAUGCAGCUACCACUGCCUCAUCCAGACGCCAAGACUGUUCCUCCUCAGCCAGGCCUGGAGGUCUGUCUGAACUCAGGAGGGCCUUGGGAAGAAGAGCUGAGCCAUCUUACUACUCUGCACUUCCCAGGGACCAGCAGGCUCUCCCGGGGCUUCUCCAGGGUGCUAGAGCAGAGGACUUACUCGGCAAGGCUCCCAUUGAACACAGCUUACUAUUUCCUGAGUGUCCCCAUCCCUGGCCACAGGCACCCAAUAAACUGCCCCUUUGUGCUGUG